AAUGUUGAUACAGCUGGGCUGCCUGCUACAAUUAAUCAUGCACUAAAUGACCUCAAGCGCCUGCUUAGCUUCAAGGAGCGUGAGCUAGAUGCCAACUCCAUGGAGUACCCGAUGAUCGUGUGCAUGGAAAAAACCCUCCAGCUAUAG